AUGGCAGGUGUAGUAGGGAGGAUGAAGUUGGGGUCACAAGGGCUGGUGGUUUCUGCCCAGGGGCUGGGUUAUAUGAGCAUGUCAGGGUUCUAUGGCAAUCCGAAGCCACAAGAGGACAUGAUCGAUCUUAUCCAUCACGCCAUUAACAGCGGCAUCACCUUCCUUGAUACCUCCGACAUGUACGGUCCACACACCAAUGAAAUCCUCCUCGGAAAGGCUCUGAAGGGAAUAAGGGAAAAAGUGGAGUUGGCGACCAAGUUUGGGGUAGUAAUGGAUGGAGCAGUGAGGGAUGUGAGAGGGGAUCCAGUGUAUGUGAGGGCGACCUGCGAGGUCAGCUUGAAGAGGCUUCAAGUUGAUUGCGUUGAUCUCUAUUACCAGCACAGGAUCGAUACCAGAGUCCCCAUUGAAGUCACGACCAUGGUUACAAGGGCCGAGGGAGGGGCACGUAGGGCUGGGAACCUCUGCUAUGGACGGAUCUUGACUGAGGUCUUGCUGCGCUUUGGCGUGGACUUGCAGGAUGAAGAAAGUCUAAGGACUGGUGUCUUGGAAUUCAACUAA